AUGGUAAUGAUGAUUAUUAUAUAUACCGAACCCGAAAUCAGCUUGUUUCCACUUCAGGAUCGAAGUGAGGAACUAAGCAGCAAUGUAGAAAAUGGAAGUUGCAAUUCCAAUGAAGGAAUUAAUCCUGAAACCAGCAGUCAUUGGAUUGAAAACGUUGUCAAGGUUAGGAAACCGUACACAGUAACUAAGCAGAGAGAGAAGUGGAGUGAGGAAGAGCAUGAUAGGUUUCUUGAAGCUAUCAAGCUUUAUGGUCGUGGGUGGCGUCAAAUCCAAGAACACAUAGGUACAAAAACCGCUGUACAGAUACGAAGCCAUGCUCAAAAGUUCUUCUCCAAGAUGGCUCAGGAAGCUGACAGUAGAAGUGAAGGAUCGGUUAAAGCGAUUGUGAUCCCGCCUCCUCGUCCAAAGAGAAAACCGGCACAUCCUUAUCCUCGGAAAUCGCCUGUUCCAUAUACUCAGUCUCCUCCACCAAAUUUGUCAGCUAUGGAGAAAGGAACCAAGUCUCCAACCUCAGUGUUAUCAUCGUUUGGUUCAGAGGAUCAAAAUAACUACACAACAUCCAAGCAACCUUUCAAAGAUGAUUCUGACAUUGGUUCAACACCCAUUUCAAGCAUUACUCUUUUCGGGAAGAUUGUCCUUGUCGCGGAAGAAUCUCACAAACCAUCCUCUUACAAUGAUGAUGAUCUUAAACAAAUGACGUGUCAGGAGAAUCACUACUCAGGGAUGCUAGUUGACACUAAUUUAUCUCUUGGUGUAUGGGAAACGUUUUGUACUGGUUCUAAUGCAUUUGGCUCGGUUACAGAAGCAUCUGAGAACUUGGAGAAGAGUGCAGAGCCGAUAAGUUCUUCAUGGAAACGGUUAAGCUCCUUAGAAAAACAAGGAUCUUGUAAUCCUGUAAAUGCAAGUGGGUUCAGGCCAUACAAGAGAUGCCUAUCAGAAAGAGAAGUAACAUCAUCAUUGACGCUGGUAGCUUCAGAUGAAAAGAAAAGCCAAAGAGCACGUAUAUGCUAGUUUUAGCCAUUGUACAGUUUGGAGUCAAUUUUGAUGAUCCGUGAACAUUGUUUUAGCCAUUUGCUGGGUGACUUGGAUCAUAGCAUUCCACGAACCAAAUCCUAAAUCCGAGUUGGUAAGUGGUUUUACUUGUCCGCCACAUGUAAU